ACAAACACCCGAGAUCCUCUUCCACCGCACAGCUUCCCAGCCAUUUUGCCCCAAGUCCAUAGCAUUGCUUGGGGUUGUUGUGGCUAAGUGCAGUAUCCGGCACUUGGUCUUGUAGAACUUCAUCCCACUGGCUUCAGCCCAGCAACCCAGCCUCUCCUGAUCCCUCUGUAACACUUUCAUACCCUCAGGCAGGCCGGCACAGAACGAAGACAAGGACUAGAACCACACCUACGAUUACACCCCGCUCAGCUCAGCCCUUCUCAGCACUCCCGCCCCAACCUGAGAUGGCCGCGCGGCACCACCUACCGAGAGAAAGAGGCGAGGCGUGACGGCAGCGGUUCCCUCGGCAACCUCUCGGCGUCUUCCAUCUCUCCCGCUUACGGUGAGCGGCGCAAGAAGCCAUGGAGAGCCGGGGGUUGAUCUCAGUGACCAUUCAGAAACUGAAGUGAAGAAAUCUAGCAUAUUGCCAGCUGCUAUCCCACCACCUGUAGCUGAAUCUCCACUAUCACUGAAGGACUUAUCUGUGAUGGAAACACCAGCAUCUGUAGACCAGCCAUCUGUCAUGGAACUGCCGAAGCCUGCAGAUCAUCUGGUUGUUGAGAACUCGCUAGGUUCUGAAGACCAAUUUCCCAUACCUAGCGGAAACUUACCUGAGAUUAGAUCACCUGUGGGUGAACAGCUUGGUUUCAAAGUCAAAAUAUCCAUGUCUGAAUCCUCACAGUCUUGCAGUAAAAUGUCUCUGAAUGAAUCAGCAGCAGCUGUAGUUAAACCAACAGAGAAAGCAUGUGAAAUAUCAGAGAAGCCAGUGGUGUAUGAAGACCCUUUUGAAGCCUCCGUUAACUAUGUGGAGAAGCAUAAUAUUCUGCAGAUAUUUCAGGAGAUCACAGCAAAACUGUUGUACGAGAAACCUGAUGACCCUUUGCAGUUCAUGUUGCUGCAGGUGCAGUCCAUGAUAAAUGCCAGGCAGGCAGAAAUGGAAGGAGUAUCCAAGGAGCACAAAGAUACAGAGGAAUUUCUGGGAGAAGUCCUGGGCACUCCUUCGGGCUUCUACUGACCUUUAGAAUUUAGAUUUAACAGGGCCUUUCCAGCAUUGUGCUUUUACAACUACUGGAAGUACCUUUGAAAAAGUCUGUUGGUAUCUCUGUUUCCUGA